AUGGCCGACCGCAACAAUUCGUCCCGUAGGAGGAGGUCGAGCAGUAUCCUACAGGUCUAUCACGAGCCCCCCGAGACUCUCGAGCAAAUCAGUGAUCAGGCUGUUCUGCCCAACCUGAACGCCAAUUGGACAAGUGCAAAAGGAGCUUGGACUAUCCACAUUGUUCUCAUCGCAGCGUUGAAAAUUCUCUACGAUAUUAUCCCCGGUGUCUCACAGGAGACGUCGUGGACUCUGACCAACAUGACAUACAUGUUUGGCUCGUACAUCAUGUUCCAUUAUGUCCGUGGUGUGCCAUUUGAAUUCAAUAGUGGUGCUUUUGACAACCUGAACAUGUGGGAACAAAUUGACAAUGGCGCACAAUACACCCCAACCAAGAAGUUCCUUCUCAGCGUUCCUAUCGUGCUGUUCCUUCUCAGCACACAUUACACCCACUACGAUCUUGCAUACUUUAUUAUUAAUUUCUUGGCUGUUUUAGCCGUUGUUAUCCCAAAGCUACCCUUUAGUCACCGAAUGCGAUUUGGUCUAUUUUCAGGACCUCCCGAGGAAGAUUAG